AAACUAUCUUGUGAAAUUCUCCAUUGUAUCUGAACCCGUUCUGCAAUGUUCCUUCCUUCCUAAUUUCUUGAGUGACCUGUAUAAAUAUCUAACAUCUAAUGAACAUCUCAUCAAGGUCUCCAGCAGUCAGACAUGUCUCCAGUGCCGUGCCUCGUCCUACUGCUCGCCUUUAGCUAUGUGAGCACCUCGGCAUUACCUGAUCCAGAAAAGAUAUUACCAAUACCUGAGAAGCCAGGGACUUGUCCUGCGGAUGUGGACUACCCGAGGUGUGACAAUCCCGCGAUUCACUACUUACCAGAUUGUGAUCAAGACCAAGACUGUGAGGGGCAGAAGAAAUGCUGCUUCUCAGGAUGUAAAAACCGCUGCCUGAUCCCUCUACAAGUUAAGAAAGAUUCCUGUCCAUACUUCAACCAUUCGAUCUGUGUGCAUGUCAAGCCUUUACCUUCAGAGUGCCACUCAGAUGAUCAGUGCCAAGGAACCGACCGCUGCUGCUGCUCAGGCUGCAACCGCCGGUGCGUCUCAACAGUGACAGUGAAGCCAGGACAAUGUCCAGCACCAAAGACAAAGUGCUUCAAAAUUGAUUCUGCACAGUGUAAAACUGACAGCAACUGCACUGGGAAUAAGAAAUGCUGUGACCGGUGUGGACUGAAAUGUGUGACUCCAGAAAAGGAACAUGAUGGGGUAUGCCCCACCAGCAUCGAGAACUUGUCCUGCCUCACAUUUUAUAAAACCUUGUGUAACCGAGACUCUGACUGCCCACGGAAGCAGAAAUGCUGCCUGUCCGAAGACACCUUGCAGUGCCAGGCAGUUAAGAAUGAGGAUGUACCAAAGUUAUUUGGAGACCUACGCAUAAUUAAGAUGGAAAAGCCUGGAUCCUGCCCUAGUCCGACCAAGGUGUGCAAGCGUCCUAUUCUCCCACCGCUAUGCAUCUCUGAUCAAAACUGUCCUGGAGCAAAGAAGUGCUGUACUCCAGAAUGUCAAGACACGUGCCAGGACCCCUCUCCGUAGUGAUGUAGAAUCAAACCCUAAGCCUGUGGACUCCCAACCAGAAGAGCUGUGACGUUGGCUGCAAAAUUGGUUGUGAGGAGGUGUGAAGUCUUCAUUCCAUGCAGAAGUGGAUUAUGGAAAUAGAUGCCAUGUAAGGGAUCUCUCCAGAAGAAUAGAACUAUGGUCCCUGCAAUUCCACAUGACAUGCAAUAAAUCUGAAUGAUAUCAA